AAAUACACCACAAUAAUGUCAUGUUCGGACAGCCCGUCUGGAAACGCGUUUUUAGUGGAUUCCCUCAUCAGUGCCCGCACCGAGAGCGGCGGAGGUCACUAUGCUGGCAGCGCAGUGUGCGUGCCGCACAGCGCCACAGCAGAAGUGCCUUACGGACUACACAACUAUGGAUACUUCCCAGGUAUGACCAAACGGAGUGAGGUGGGUCCCCAAAAUAUGGUCCCCGCCUCAGGUUCCUACAUGUCCAGCAUGGAGAUGUGGAUGGACGCGCAGAGGUCAUGCCGUAUGGACCAAGAACACUCUGUGGGUCCCCAGGUCGCACCCUGCACUUUCCCGCAGAAUAUCAAGGAAGAGAGCACCUAUUGCCUAUAUGAGCAACCCAAGUGUCCCAAAGCGUCCACCGCCGAAGAUCUCACAUAUUCAAGAUUAACUUCUUCUUGUACAGUCAACGAUGGCGGCGGCGCGGGGGGCGGCGGGGGGUCGGUGCCUGUGCCGGGCUUCUUCCGCUUGUCUCAGACGCACGCACAUUCUCAUAAACUUUACAGCGCCAACAACGGCCCCCAAUCAAACCCUUCUCAUUCCCAUUUUGGUCCACAACACCCCAGUGAUCUGGCUCGCUUCCACUCGCCACCAACCUCUACAUCUGCUCCGGCCACGGAGAAGAAAGGGAAGGACGUCGAGGAAGCCGCAGAUCUGCCGCCCCAAGCUGCUUUGGGCACCGAGGAGGGGCGCGACUCCUCGGAAGGCGAAGCCUCCUCUGCAGAGGAGGCAGAGGAGAAUGGGAAGGAGAGUGCAGCAAAGGCCAAUAAAGGGGACACAAAAGGCGAAAACACGGCAAACUGGCUGACUGCUAAAAGCGGUCGAAAGAAACGCUGCCCCUACACCAAGCAUCAGACCCUGGAGCUGGAGAAGGAGUUCCUCUUCAAUAUGUACCUGACCCGAGAGCGCCGCCUAGAGAUCAGCAAGAGCGUCCACCUGACGGAUAGACAGGUCAAGAUCUGGUUUCAGAACCGCAGGAUGAAAUUGAAGAAAAUGACGCGGGAAAAUAGGAUCCGGGAGCUCACCUCCAAUUAUGGAUUUUCAUGA